AUGUCCUCGUCAUUGAAUAAAGCCUGUGAUGUCUUUUUGGCUUCCACCUCGAUAUUGUCCCAUGAAUACGGAGUGCCUUCUAUAGACCACCGAGGAAGCCAAACCAAACCCACGGCUGCAACAUAUCCAAAGGACCAAGAGCUUUUAUUUCUAGAAUCAACUUAUCAGGAAAAGUAUCAAGUACUUACUGCUAAACUCAAUGAAUUAGUAUACUUGAAUUCGUUGAAUGAGUUGAAAAAAAAAUCGGCUGAAGAAAUUGAACGCCUUUAUAAAGAUAAAAUAGAAGAUAAUUUUGACUUAUUACCAAAUCACAACCUUGAUGGUAUUGAAUCUUUUUAUCAAAAUCAGAUUAAUGAGUUCCAAAAUAAGUCAUUAAUUAAUGGAUACUUACAAAGAGUUGCCCCGAUACUAAGAUCAAUUCAUCAUAACAACACAAACUUGACUGACACUGAGAUUAAUAUCAUGAAAAACUUACAAAUUGCUUUUUCGUCAAAUAAUAAAGAGGAAGAUGCAAAUAUUAAUAAAUUGAUUGAAAACUAUCAAAACAAUGAAGUUUCUGAAGAAACGUAUCUAGCAUUGAGAUCUAAAUUGGCAGAUUUAUUGGAAUUCGAGUUAAGGCCAAAAUUAAAGGAAUUUAAAGAAACAAACGAAAUAUUGAAAACAAAACAGAAUGAAUUGGUAAGCUUGAAACAAAGUAAGGUCAACCAAUAUACAAAGGGCUUAGAAACUGAUGACCCAAGUAAUCAGUUGCUGGAAGAUUUGAAAAAAUUACGACAUAAGUUUAAACAGUUGAUUGAAGAAUGGACUAAGAUUUCGAUUUUUUGUGAUUUAUUACCUAGUCUAAUAAUUGCCAGUCCUAAGAGUUGGUUCAAUGAUAAAACUCUAUUCAAUAUCAUAAAGUACUGUGAAGAUACUUCCGAAAAAUUCUCAAAAUAUCAACAAGUUAUUAAUAUUCAUAAUUUGAAAGAAUUUUCAAUUGAAAACUUACUCAUGGUAAACUUUGAUGAGUUAACACUUUCAGAUUACGAAGAAGAUGACUUGGAAGACGAUUAA